AGCGCAUUUCCUGCCUCCCUGGCCUGGCUGGAUGAGCCAGGAGCUCCCUACCGCUGCCGGCCAGACCCCAGCCUCCAUCGGCAGCCCGGACCGCGGCCGUCCACGGGAGCCCAGCAGCCCCUUCCCACUCGCCCCGCGGCCAGCGACGCCCUGCCCGGCCCUGCGCCCUGCGCCCGCUUCUUCUGACCACCUUGGCCGCCACCUCAGAAGGCUGGAGCAGGGACGCCGUCGCUCCGGCCGCCUGCUCCCUUCGGGUCCCCGCCUGAGCCCACGCCGGCCCCUGCUCCUGCCCGCGGCCCUGCCCCUGGACACCGGAUAAGGCCCAGCGAACGGACCCCCGGGCGCACAGCAUGGACCGCAGCACGCUCUGCCCGGCCGUGGCCCUGCUGCUGGCCGUCUGCAGCCUCAGCCCCACAAGUCUUGCAGAAGCAGUCCGUUGUGAUCUACAGCCUGUGGACAACGAGGUGACAUACAUCACAAGCCAGGUUCCUCGGGGCUGCGUGGCACAGGUCCCCAAUGCGACCGUGGAAGUUCACAUCCUCUCCUUGGAGUUCCCGAGAGCUCUGUCCCAGCUGGAUCUGACCGUCCAGGUGUCCGAGCAGAACGGCACCCGGGCCCGAGAGGUGCUCCUGGUCCUCGACCUAGACAAGACGGUCCACCUGCGGCUGCAGGCCCCCGGGAUCCCGCUCCAGCUGGCCUACAACCACCAGUAUGUGAUCGCCGACAUGCCCCAAGGAGUCAGCGCCGUGCCUCUGACGGCCGUCAAGGACCAGCUCCGCACCUGGGCAGAGUCAAAGGGAGCCAUCGCCUCUGUCGCUGAGCUGAACGACCCCAAGGGCGUCCUCCUCCGGCUGGACCCAGCCCCGAGGUCACCGUCCUCCUGCCGUCCCCAACCCAACAUGGACAUGGGCCACAGGCUCGAAUGGUGGCCGCACACGGAGGGCUUGGUCCGCGGCUGCGCCUUGGAGGGUGUGGCUGGUCACAAGGAGGCGCACAUCUUGAGGGUCCUGCCCGGCUCCGAGGCCAGGCCCCGGACAGUGACGGUGGAGGUGAAGCUGAGCUGCACUUCAGGGGAUCCUGACGCUGUGCUCAUCCUGCAGGGCCCACCCUACGUGUCCUGGCUCAUCGACGCCAACCACAACAUGAAGAUCAGGGCCACUGGUAACUACUCCAUCAAGAUCUUCCCAGGGAAGAGCUUCAGAGAAGAGCACCUCGUGCUCCCAGACACACCCCAAGGCCUGCUCGAGGAGGCCCAGAGGCUCAACGCCAGCAAGGUGGCGUCCUUCGUGGAGGUCCCUCUGGCCAGUGCCAUCUCGCUUCAGGCCAGCAGCUGCGGUGGGCCGCAGACCUCACCCACGCCUGUGCAGACCACGCCUCUCAAGGAGACCUGCAACGAGGAGCUGCUCAUGACCCUGCUCCAGCCGAACUGCUCCGAUGACACCAUGACUCUGGAACUCAAGAAAAACCUUAUGUGGUCUCUGAAGUGUGACAUCAGCAGCCUGACCUUCUUGGACCACCGCUGCCAGGCUGAGGACAGAGGCGACCAGCUUGUCUUGCACAGCGCCUACUCCAGCUGCGGCAUGAAAGUGACAGAAAGUGUGGUCAACAAUGAGGUGAUCGUCAGCCUCCUGUCAAGCUCGUCACCGCAGCGGAAAACAGUGCAGUGCAUCGACAUGAAGAGCCUCUCCUUCCAGCUGGGCCUCUACCUCACCCCGCAGUUCCUGCAGGCCUCCAACGCUAUUGAGCUGGGGCAGCAGGGCUUCGUGCAGGUGAGCAUGUCCCCGCCGACCCCCGAGAUCAUGCCCAAACUGGACAGCUGCCAGCUGGACUUGAAGCCUGAGGCGGACACCGUGGAACUCAUCCAGAACCAGGCAGCCAAGGGCAGCUGUGUGAGCCUGCUGGACGCCAGCCCCCAUGGUGUCAUGCGCUUCAGCUUCCUCCUCCGUGGCCACGGGGUGCCCACGCCCAAGGCUGGCACCCUCAGCUGCACCGUAGCCAUGCGUCUUCGGACUUCAUCCCUGGUCCGCAGGACCGUCUCUAUGCGCCUGAACAUCGUCAGCCCUGACAUGCCUGGCAAAACCCUCGUCCUGCCCGCUGUGCUGGGCAUCACCUUUGGCGCCUUCCUCAUCGGGGCCCUGCUCACCGCUGCGCUCUGGUAUAUCUACUCGCACACACGUCCCCCCAGCAAGCGGGAGCCCGUGGUGGCAGCGGCCGCCCCGGCCUCCUCAGAGAGCAGUAGCACCAACCACAGCAUCGGCAGCACCCAGAGCACCCCCUGCUCCACCAGCAGCAUGGCGUAGUGCCCAGCCUGGAGCCCCGGGGGCCACCCGGCCCACCCUUGCCCGGCCGGACAGACUGAGCAGCCACCAGCUGGGAACCACUGAUCAGGAACUCACCCCAGGAUCCCAACCCUUCCACUCGGCCAAGGAUGGACCCUGCCCGCUGCCUCUUUCUCAGAGGCCUGCUGCCAGCGGGGGCACCAGCUUGGAACACCUCGGGGUUCCCCCACCCCACCCUGCAGAACCUUCAAGCUCCGUGGGCCUGGGGUACGGCUGCCCAGGACCACAGAGAGACAGAGCGCUGCCCUAUAUGUCCACAUUGUUGUAGAAACCCAAGUCCCCGUUAUCCUGAACGGAUCCAGCCCUCGAUGACCUGGGCUGGGCAGGAGGUGAGAACUCAAAAGACUCUGCCCAGCCUCCUCCGUGACCAGCCCUAACCACCCGGAUCUGAUCCCCGCAGCACAGCUUUGGGCCGGCACAACUUUGGGGGGCAGGGGAACUGAAGCCUAGGAGUGCCCAGCCUGGGAACGGGGGAGCCUAGCUCCUUCCUGCAACUGUCACAUGGAGACCCCUCCCUCCUUGCCCAUCAGGAAGGCAGCAGAUAGGAGCGGCCAGGCUGCCUGACCUGGGCCCACCCCGAUAUACUCAUCACCAAUAAAUCAGACCAUGAAACCA